GGGUAGUGCGCAGGCGCACAUUUAAUGUAGGCAGGGAUUUCAGAGGUAAAGAUGGCGACCUCCCUGAUCUGCUGCCGCGUAUCUGUAGGGUUGAGGCACUCCGGUUCGAGGACAGCGUUCUGUAACGCGGCGAAAGUGCUUGGGGGACCAUCUGUGUUAUUUGCAAAGAAUGGAUAUCAAAAGCACCAGAAGCAACAACAUAGAAGCUUGUCACUUCAUGAAUACUUGAGCAUUGGGCUGUUAAAAGAAUGCGGUAUUUCUGUACCAAAGGGAAUGGUUGCUAACUCUCCAGAGGAAGCCUUUUCGGCAGCCAAGGAGUUGGGUUCCAAAGAUUUGGUGGUGAAGGCACAGGUCUUAGCUGGUGGCAGAGGAAAAGGCACAUUUGAAGGUGGUUUUAAGGGAGGAGUGAAGAUUGCUUAUUCUCCAGAGGAAGUAAAAGACAUUUCUUCUAGAAUGAUUGGAAAGAAGCUUUUCACAAAGCAAACCGGAGAGAAGGGUAGAAUAUGCAAUCAAGUGUUUAUUUGCGAGCGCCGGUACCCAAGGAGAGAGUAUUAUUUUGCUAUUACAAUGGAACGGUCAUUUCAAGGACCUGUUUUAAUAGGAAGCGCACAAGGAGGUGUAAAUAUAGAAGAUGUUGCUGCUGAAAAUCCUGAUGCUAUCAUCAAGGAACCAAUUGACAUUGAAGAAGGCAUCAAAAAAGACCAGGCUCUUAGGGUUGCAGAAAAAAUGGGAUUUCCACCUAGUCUACUAGAUGAGGCUGCAGAAAAUAUGAUCAAACUAUAUAAUCUGUUUAUCAAGUAUGAUGCUUCAAUGGUGGAGAUAAAUCCUAUGGUAGAAGACUCUUCAGGAAUUGUGAUGUGCAUGGAUGCUAAAAUAAAUUUUGAUUCUAACGCUGCCUAUCGUCAGGCAAAGAUCUUUGAUUUGCGUGACUGGAGCCAAGAAGAUGAAAGAGACAGGCAGGCAGCCAAGUCUGACCUUAACUACAUUGGCCUAGACGGGACCAUUGGAUGUUUAGUUAAUGGCGCUGGUUUAGCAAUGGCAACAAUGGACAUCAUUAAACUUCAUGGAGGAACUCCGGCAAAUUUCUUAGAUGUUGGUGGUGGUGCCACAGCACAACAAGUAACUGAAGCUUUUAAGCUUAUUACUUCUGACAAAAAGGUGCUUGCCAUAUUGGUAAAUAUAUUUGGUGGUAUAAUGCGCUGUGAUGUUAUUGCUCAAGGUAUUAUUAUGGCCGUUACCGAUCUGGACCUGAGGAUACCUAUUGUUGUCAGACUGCAAGGUACCCGUGUUGAUGAUGCAAAAGCUCUCAUCGCAGCUAGUAGCCUUAAAAUUCUAGCUUGUGAUGAUUUGGAUGAAGCUGCAAAAAUGGUUGUCAAGCUUUCAGAAAUUGUGUCUCUGGCAAAAGAAGCUCAAGUGGAUGUAAAAUUUCAGCUACCAAUCUAAACUUUUAAAGUAUAUUUUCCUUCUAUUUGUAGCAUAUAUUCCCAAAUACUGUUGGUUGAUGUUUUCUGUUUGGUGGCAUGAACUCUGCUUCAUUUACUGUUAACAGUGCAAAACAAAAAGUCUUCUAGUAACAAAUUACAUAUUUAUAUUGUGUUCCUUGUAUCAGCUAGUCCUUGUUAGAAGUUCAAAGACUCCAUUUGCCACUUUGUCACUUUCACUCCAGUUUUAAGCAAUUUUUUUUAUGCAAAGUUGUUUUGUACUUGAAUGUUACUAGUAUAUUUUGGCUCAGUGUCAUUACCUAAAACAGGAAAGCAUGCAGAAUAACACACUUUCCUAAGCAAAUUAUCUUGGCUGAAAAUUGUUCCACGUGAAUAUGGUAUUUAAAAUGUAUUACGUUUAUGGAAUUUUGAACCACUCUACUGGAGUUAAAAGCAUUUUCUUUUGAUUAUAUCAGUUUUACACUGGCACGGAAAUCAAUGCUAGUAUUUUUUUUUUUAAUUUAUAAAGUUAUUUGAAGAAAACAAAAAAUGUUUUGGGAGGUUAUGUCAGAAUUUAAAGUUGUAAUUUUUUGCUUCUUUCGUUUAUAGUACAGUUUUAUUUGUAUCUAAGCAGGCAGUGCCUUAGGUAAAAUUUAAACAAUACUCUGUUUUCAGAAUUGAAGUAACAGAAAGCAUUUUUUUAAAAAUAUGUAUCUACAGAAUGGCAACAAUUAAUACAAUGUAUUAUUCAUGUCCCACCAAACUGUAAGCACCUAAGCUGUUAAUCUAAACGUAUUAAAAUGUUAUUUCCCUUGUAAAUAAGUUUCUGUAAAAUAUUUAAAUCUGUGAGGGAAAAAAGUCUGAGUUUUAAUUAAAUACUUUUGAACAAUU